AUGGCCACACCGAGGCUCCCUUUCCUGUAUCCAAAUUUGAUGCGCGCGGUGCGAUCAUGCGAACCGAGGACAUACCGCUCACUUAGAAUCCCAUACCGGCCCAAUCAACGUUUCCAUACGAGCCAGCAACGGGAGCGCGAUUCCUACCAGCGGCGUUAUGGUCCAGCUGUCGAACCGAAUACCGCCCCCUCGUUGCGUCCGAAGAAGGACUCAAAUGAUCAGGUCAAGGAGGCGCCAGAUGAUCAAUCGGCUAAAAAUGAGGCUGUAAAUGCCUCCGAGCAGGAGGAAGCUUCGCCGGAAGAGUCACAGUCGGAACCACCACCACCGGAAGCCGGGCAAGACACUGCGAAUGUCGCUUCUUCAGAAACUCCGGCCCCGGAUCAACAAAAUGAAGCUAAAACCAAGGGAGACAACCCCCCGACGGACCGGGAACCACACGAGGAGCAGGCAAAGGAUAUAGACGGUGCUGAGCAAGAACAGGCUUCGGCCCCUUCGUCCACUCCCUCCGAACGCCCGUCGGAAGAAAUUACAGAUACCUCUUCGUUCACUGCACAAACUCCGUUCGAUGAUGUCCUGCACAUGCCCUCGCCGUCUGUUUACCUAGCCCCAACCGGGGAACCCUCCUCUGACAAACGCCCGCCACAUUUGUCCCCAGGACCAUAUGUGCACCCUUUCGACACAUAUUCGUUGGUGCAGGAUCUCUCCAAAGGAGGAUACAGUCAGGAGCAGUCUACUACAAUCAUGAAGGCUGUGCGGGCUAUCCUACAGAACAACCUCUCCCUGGCCAGGGAGAGCCUGACUUCCAAAUCUGACGUCGAGAAUGAGGAGUACCUGUUCAAAGCAGCCUGCUCUGAGCUUCAGUCAUCGCUCCAGACAGCUCGCAACUCAGAAAUACAGCAUCAGCGCUCAUCGCGUACGCAAUUGCAGCAUGAAACGGAUAUUAUCUCGCAGCGUCUCAGCCAGGAACUUGCAGGCAUGAAAGACGACAUCAAGGGCAUGUUCAAUGAUCACAAGAUGACCACGCGAGAGCAGCAGCGGAGCAUCGAUACCUCAGUUCAGGAAUUGAACUACAAGAUCACCGUGUCGCUGAAUAGCGAUGGAAAGAGUGAGAUCGAAGGUCUUCGGUGGAUUUUGACCAGACGUGCCGCUCUGACGAUUGCCAUCUGUGCUUUCAUGAUCAUCGUCUUCUUGAAGUAUGCUUCCACGCGCAAGGUGCCUGAGCCCAAGCAAGCCAAGCGAGAAGAGAAGCCGGCCGUCACCAAAGAAACCGUCACGGAAACUCGAGUCGUCCAAGAUGGUGGCAUUGAGACAGUCGUUCCGUCUGCUGAAGCACAUCUCGGCGAAUCCCUUGGUUAA